AUGGGAAAAAGGACAAAAGUGGGUAUGGUUAAGGAGAAGAUUUUGUCAUUAAGGCCAGUAGGUGUAAUAAUCGCAACAUCAGUACUGAUAUCAUUUCAUCCUCAUUACGUUACUGCUGGUGAUCGAGUCUACCUUCUGCGAUGCUUGCAUACUCGAGCAUCAGAUCAAUCAUUACUACCGGGAUCAGUCGUACCUCCUAUCAUUCCUACUAAUGCUUUCCGUGGAUCGGCAUCAAUGCCGCAGUGCAAAUAUGAGAUACGAAGCUUGAAAGACAAUGAGAUUGUGGAUGAAGCGAUCAUCGGUGAAAUGGUCCGCCACCGCUGGUCCUGCAGAGUUCGUUCGGAUCAAAAUUUAUGUCUUGUUAUCACUAAUUGUUUCUUGAUGGCGCGUGAUUCAAAGCAUCAACUUAUUAAUAACCAAGGAUGUUCCAUAGAUCGUACCAUUCUUCUAGAUCUAAUUUACAUCGACAAUAUGAAUGUUGAACAAAACGUGUCUGUUUUUGGCGUUGCUGAGAAACCUUACGUAUAUUUUCAAUGUCAAAUAAGCUUGUUACCGCCAAAAGCUGGUCAGUGUCCUAAACCGAGCUGUCCUAGCAAUCAUAGAAAUGAGAGGGAUUUGCUUUAUAUGAUUGAGAACGAUGAAACACUAAUAUUGGAUACUGUUUCACAACCACUCGAAAUUCGAGACUUCGAUAGGCAAUUUCGAAAGAGAGGUUGUCAUUGUUUACCGGAGGCAAUUGUUAAUGGAGUGGAUAAUGAUGACAUUGUUUGCGUAACAUGGAUUUUUUUUGUUCUGGUCGCUCCCUUCACUAUUUUGGUUAAUUCUUAUUGA